CUAGUAGCAAAAAUCAAAAACUUUCUCUUCUUCUACUAAAAAGAUAUAUGCAAUUAUUGGUUAACCAGAAAGCAUAGUCAAUUUUUUUUAAUAAAAAAAGAAAUCAUUGCAUUUAGAGUGUUGGAUUUAGAUUAGAUAGAUUAGGAUUUAAUGCGUCCACAUUAGAUCUCACUCAGUGUGUCCGAAUAGAGAGGGAAAGUUUGAUCGGAAAGCAGAAAAAAGAAGAAUGACGAGGAGAUCAGGGAGUUGCUUGAGGUGUUGUUUGGUAAUAUUUGCAGUUGCAUCUGCUUUAGGGGUAUGCGGACCUGCUCUUUACUCCAGAUUCAACAAAUCCCUUUCUUUUUCUUCUCAAUCUUCUUGCCCCCCUUGCAUCUGUGAUUGCCCUCCUCCUUUAUCCCUUCUCAACAUUGCUCCUGGGUUGGCCAAUCUCUCAGUCACAGAUUGUGGAAAUGACGACCCUGAUCUGAAAAGGGAGAUGGAGAAGCAGUUUGUUGACCUUCUAACAGAGGAGUUGAAACUGCAAGAGGCUGUUGCUGGAGAACAUACCCACCACAUGAACAUCACAUUUGCUGAAGCUAAACGGGUAGCUUCCCAGUAUCAAAGAGAAGCUGAAAAAUGUAAUGCCGCUACUGAAAUAUGUGAAGAAGCUAGAGAGCGGACUGAGGCAUUGCGGAUAAAGGAGAGGAAAAUUACUUCUUUGUGGGAGCGACGUGCCCGCCAACUGGGUUGGGAAGGUGAAUAAAUAUUUGUAUAACUAUUUGAAUUUUUCCUUUCUGCACCGUCGAACUAGCGCAUUACACCAAGUUAUUUAUAUAGGAGGCAAGCAAAUUGCUUGUAUUGUCACUGCAAAAGCGGAAAAAAGAAAUCCGCCCUCUCUCUCUGUGAUUUUUAUCUCGCUGGGGCAAGAAAAUGAAAUAUAGUCAUCUGUUUUUUUAGUUGUAACAUGUUUUAGAUCUAUCAGCACAACAUUACCUGCAUUCUCUUGGAGUUGUGGACGCCAUGUUGUUUUAGUUAUUUUGUGUAAGCUUUGUUCUUAUGAGUAA